UCUCUCUCUCUCUCUGUCCUACCCUUCCCCUAUCCGCCUCCGCCGCCCUCGUUCCUCAACGCGGCGACGACCGCCGCCUACCGCACGUCCUAGCCCGGCGCCGCCCCUGACUCCCGCGUCCCGCCCGUCGCCGGAGGGAAACGGGGGCCGGUGGCGCGGGACCCGACGACUGCAACGCAGCAGGCAUUCGCCGCCACGCGGGUCACCGAGGGUUUUGUAAGCCCGGCUUCGGCGGCGUGAUCGGGUGCGGAGGCUGCGGUGAGGGCAUUGGAUGUUCUAGACCCGUACGGGACCCUGCUGACCUCCUGUCGCAAUGGAGGAGUCUGGCGCGGCCGUGCGCGGCGAGGAGGAUCGUGUUGCUGACGCCCAGCGCUUGGGGCCAGCGGAGGUCGCUCUGUCUACUGCCACCGCCCCUGAACCGGUCCAUGGAUUGGGGGAUGCCGCAGUAGAGGUAUGUCAUGCUCCGGAAGCUAGAUUGUCCACAGAGAUUGGUGACGAAGGGAGCAAUUUCGCGUUUGGAUUGGUGACUCCUGUCGAUUGUGCUUCUUCCUCCCAUCGAGGAAGAAGGUUUCAGCUAGGACAGGAGAAGGGUUCGAGUUCAGAGCAGAGGGUCAUGGACAUGGAUGAACGGAAGGAAGGUAGUUUGGCUCCUGCGGCGUCUGCUGAAAAUGCUGCUUUGCAGACCUGUCAUGAGGUCAAUGACAGGCUGUCGAAUAAGACGAUACCUUAUCCUCCUUGCAGUGAAGUGGUAUGUUCCAAGGAUGCUGGAUGCCUUUAUGGCAUGUUUGAUAAAACGGCAGAAGGGAGCCAGUUUGAGCAUGUGGGUUUGACGGGUGACGGAGGUGAUUGUCGUGCCGUGGUGGAGGUAGUAAAGGAAACCGUACAAGAUUUACUGGCUGCUCGUAACGGAGCAAAAUGUGGUUAUGAAGGUUUGUCAGUUUCAAUGGACCAUGGCAGCGAGCAAGAGCCACGUGGCAUAGGAUCUAUCACGUUUGCUAACGAUGAGCUGCAGCCAAAUGGUUUGGUAUCGGAUAUUGAAGCUGUUUCGAGGCCAGCUCAUAUAGAUUCAGUUCCUUCCAUUCCAGGGAGCAUUGAUCUUUCUUUAGAUCUAAAGGCAGGUCAGUUUGGUGGAAUGUCUGGUGAUUCAGGGACGUGCCAUGGGGCUGACAGAGCGAUGCGGAAUGAUGAUUUUACCCAUGACAGUGGGGACUUGUCAGACCCAGGGAAGCAUCAUUUGGAGAAAUUGCCAUCUGGUGCUGAGGGCCUGGCAUUAAUAACUGAUGCUGUUGGCGGAUCUGACCAUUUGGACCAAGGGCUCAAUGCCUGUUAUGCUGCUGCUAAUAGCUCUGCUAAUUUUAUAAGUAAUGCUAAUGAUGGAGAAUUACGAAACGAAAAGCUGACAGCAUUGCACGUAUUCAUACGUAGGAAUCCAAAAAGAGCUGUUUCUUCAAGAAGUCUUAAUUCCGAGAAGCAAGAUCAAAUAGGCAAAGGGAACAGUGGCUCACGCAAACCUAAAAAAGUUGAUAUUGUGAGCUCAUUACACCAAAGCACCGUGAAUAUGUUCCCAAACAAAAUCACUAAGGGAAGAAGUGGCAUGAACAGGCCACCAAAAUCCUUUACUUGGGGCAAUCUAGAACGGCUAUUAGAUUGCUGUCCAAGCUACGGGCCAUCUACUUCUAAUUCUCGUCCAAUUUGCUUGGACAAAGGAGGAUCAUAUAACAGAUCCGAUCAGAGAAGUCAGCCAAGUAUUUGGAAAAGUCGAAGUUCUAGAUCUUCAAGAAGCAAACGCUCUUCUUUCUCUGAAAUAGGGCAUGCAGCUAAUGAACUGGAUGGGCAACCAACCUUAGCAAUUGUGGCUGAUAUGGGGCAUGCUGCUAGUGAAUUGAAUGAGCAACCAACCUUCUCAAUUGCGGCUAAUACUGAUAUUUGUUUGGAAAGCCACAGAGGAAACAUUCCAAAUUUGUCUUCUGAUAAAUUGAUCAAUAUUCUUGAUAGUACUAGGAAAACUGCAGAGUCUAUUGAUAGUCAUCGUACAGAAUCAAAAUGUAUCCAGAGCCAAAGAGAAAGAGCCUUGGUGAGUAGUGGUAAAGAAACAUGCGCUGCAUACGUCCACAGAGAGUGUGCUAAACUGUCAACUUCUGAACUUAUGGACAAUGCCAAUGGCAAUGUCAUGCUACAUGUUGGGUUUUCGCCGGAUUCUGUUUUGGAGCUUGCUUCUGUUACAUGUGAAGGUAAUGCUUCUGCAAGCCAUGAUGUUAUGUUGCAUGAAAACCCAACCGAUGCUGGUGCAUUGAAUGAUGGUGAUCCAUCUGUUUUAUCUACUUCUGACUAUGAAAAAGAACAUGCUUCAUCAUUGAUGAACUUGGAGCAGCAUGCUAGAAGUACUUUGCACGAGGACACCAGAAAGGAAGAGGUUGGUCCAUCUCAUGGCAUAGUAGAAAAUGAUAUUGAAGGAAAGGCGCGGGCUUUACAGAAGUCAAAUUCUGUGAGAAAAAUUGGUAUUGUCAGAAAGGCAGGUUGCAAAAAGAAAGAUGGAUCUAAAGGUGUAAAAAAGAAUGUUAUAGGAUUCAGCAAAGCUUCUCCAUGUGAAUCUUCAAAACUUAGGCCCUCUAAUGAUCCAAUUUCACCUGGGCCUCCAGAUGUUGGGUCUUGCUUUGAAGCCUUAACUUCAGGCUCACAGGAUCUUGGUAUGCAUGAACAUGGUGGCAUACAGAGUCACUCUGUAAUGCAUGGUGACAAAGGGCAUGCAUUUGACAGUAUGAAAUCACCAAGGCACAAGAUAAAGGAUACUAAUGCAAGAAAGAAAGGUAAGGUGCGAGACCCACAUAAGAAAGAAAAAGGUAAAAAGAAAAAUACAUCAGAAGAGACUUCCCUUGAUCAUGGACUUUUACAGUUACCUUCUACUGAACGUGCAGCAUCUGAUAUGAAUGAACAGAGUGAUCUUGAUCCUAUCACUGAACUUCCAUUCAAGAACUCCAGUGCCAUAUCUACUAAUUUACCUGGAAAUGUUGCAUGCAAAAUGGAUGGGGCAUCUGUACCGCCACUGCCACCACGUGCUGCAUGGGUGUGUUGUGAUGAUUGCCAAAAGUGGCGGUGCAUACCUGCUGAACUUGCAGAUGUGAUUGGAGAAACAAAUUGCAGAUGGACUUGUAAGGACAAUGGAGACAAGACGUUCGCUGACUGUUCUAUUCCACAAGAGAAAUCAAACGCUGAGAUUAAUGCAGAACUCGAUCUUUCAGAUGCUUCAGCUGAUGAAGCAGACAAUGGUGGAUCUAACUCCAAAGCUUGCAAACCACCGUCAUGGACUCUUGUUAGGUCAAACUUGUUUCUGCAUCGAAACCGCAGGACACAAUCCAUUGAUGAGAGCAUGGUGUGCAACUGCAAGCCACCCCAAGAUGGCCGAAUGGGUUGUAGAGAUGGAUGUUUGAACAGGAUGCUCAACAUUGAAUGUGUCAAGCGGACAUGUCCAUGUGGAGAACAAUGCUCUAAUCAGAAGUUCCAGCGGCGUAGCUAUGCAAAACUGAGAUGGUUCCAUUCUGGCAAGAAAGGCUAUGGAUUGCAGUUGCAAGAAGACGUUACUGAAGGAAGAUUUCUUAUUGAAUAUGUUGGAGAGGUCCUUGACAUAACAUCCUAUGAAUCCCGCCAAAGAUAUUAUGCUUGCAAAGGCCAGAAACAUUUCUAUUUCAUGGCUCUAAAUGGUGGUGAGGUAAUUGAUGCUUGCACUAAGGGAAACUUGGGCCGAUUCAUCAAUCAUAGCUGCAGCCCUAACUGUUGCACAGAGAAGUGGAUGGUCAAUGGGGAAGUCUGCAUUGGAAUAUUUGCUUUGAGGAGCAUCAAGAAGGGUGAAGAAUUGACAUUUGAUUACAAUUAUGUUCGUGUAUCUGGUGCUGCUCCUCAAAAAUGCUUCUGUGGUACUGCCAAAUGUCGGGGUUACCUGGGUGGAGACAUAUCAAUUGUCGAUACCAUCAUCACCCAAGAUGAUACAGAAGCAGAUCAUUUUGAACAAAUGGUUGUUGACAAAGACUCCAAGGAGUUGCUGGGUCCAAAUGAGUCUGAUUCUGAUGGUAGCCACCCAAAUAUUUCAGAACCUGAAUUUUCUAUCCAAGGGGAAGAUUUACAUGAUUGCUCAGCUGCAAAAGUAGAAUUAGAUCUGCUUGAAGGAACUAGAGGAACCUCAUUAGAAACUAGUGAGCCUGAACAUCCCUUGGAAGCAUGGAGCCCACCAGAAGAUGAAGAUGUCAUUCGUACGCCUGUGCAUGUGUCACGGACAUUUGAAAGUUCUCUGCAGAAGUUCUCAGUACAUGACACUCAGUCAUCAGAUCUUUUGCGUAAGACUGCAAAUUCAAUGGAAGGAUCAAAGGCUCCAAAUAUAACAAACGGAUCGACACUUGGUUCUGAUUUCAGGGGCAAUCUGGUGCCUACUUUCAGACCUGCUGAGAGAAAAAACUUAAAACAACAUAAAAAUCAGAAACGACAACCGUCUUCUCCAAUUGACAAUGAACAUAUUUUGGGAGUUGAAGGGACACUGAACAGCCUACUGGAUGUGGACGGUGGUAUCAGCAAGCGAAAGGAUGCUACAAAGGGAUACUUGAAGCUGCUCGUUGUGACUGCAGCAGAAGAUGGUAGUGCUGGGGGCACAUCCAAAAGUCUGAGGGAUCUUUCGUUGAUUCUUGAGGCACUUCUAAAAACAAAAUCACAUUCGGUUCUGUUGGAUAUCAUCAAUAAGAACGGACUGCAAAUGCUUCAUAAUAUAUUGAAGCAGAGUAGAGGCAUCUUCCACCGGAGACCUAUUAUACGGAAGCUUCUGAAGGUACUUGAAUUUCUAGCUCAGAAAGGAAUUUUGACAUCUGAACAUAUAAAUGGAGGUCCUCGGUUUGCUGGAGUCGAAAGCUUCAGAGACUUGAUGCUGAGUUUAACAAGACAUUCAGACAUUCAGGUUCAACAGAUUGCUCGGAGCUUCCGUGAUAGAUGGAUCCCCCCUAAUAAUGCAAGGAGUGAACCAACAGAAUAUCCACAUACAUCAACAUUUGUGCAUGAUAUCCAGGGAACCAAUACAGUCUGGAGUUCUGCUAGGAGGAAACGCAAGAGCCGCUGGGACUAUCAACCUGACGAGCAUUAUAAGAUGCCGGGACUAAAAAUCCAAAAAGUUUGUUCUGGACAUGGUGAAUUUGAUGUUCAGUUUGGCUUUAUGAAAAAUAAGUUAAAGAGGAAUCAGGGCGCAAACAACUAUCAUAAUGAUGUUCUUGGCAUGGGGAGUUCAACAGAGGGUGAAGAUGAUGAAGCCCCUCCUCCUGGGUUUGAGUCCCAGCUGGACCGUCGGCCUGCACAACUUUCAAUAGGCAGCGAGGUUGCUCCAGGACUUUGCAUGGAGAGGUACCAAUCUAGCUUGAGUAUUUCAUAUGGGGUUCCUGUAACUCUUGUUCAGCACUUUGGAACCCCUGAAUCUGAAGGAGGCCAAUGCCAUAAAAAAUGGAAAGUUGCACCUGGCGUGCCUUUUAGUCCUUUUCCACCAUUGCCUCCCUAUCCGCGAGGGAAUCCUUGCCCCUCCACUUCGUCUUCCCAGAUGUUUCAGCAUGAUGGAAUACCCCAAGUUAAACAUAACAAUUCUGGACAACGGGGAAGGAUCAUGGGCCGAGAUGGGAGAGUGCAUAGGUCAUGGAGAAAUGAGUCAAGAACAAAAUGGCAAUACCAUCAUCAAGGAAGGAGAUUUUCGAGCACUCAUCAUAGAUUUGAAAGAUCCGAACCUGCAAGACCUCAAUAGUGAUUAAGGGUUCAGGGCAGUGAUUGGUACCAACCUUGCAGUUUUUGAACCUCAAGUAGUGGUGGUAUACAUGGUAAUUCCUGCUUGUCAGAAGUGUAACAGAAACUGUGUCAGGCUUUAACGAUGUUUAAAGAGUGUAAAUUUCAGUUCAUUGGGGGUAGAGCGUAUGCUGCACAUAGGCCAUUUUCCAGUGCAGUGUUACUAAUUAAUUUGGUC